CAACUUGAGAUCCAGGGGAUGGCCCUCCCUCUCCAUAAUUAAGCCCUCUCAUGCACAGAUAUCAAUAUGUUCAAUCAAAAAAGCUAGCUGCAUAUCAGCGGCAAAGCAAAGAAAGAGAAAAAUGAGUCGUCCACAUAUUCUUGCAGUACCUUAUCCAGCACAAGGCCAUGUAAUUCCUCUACUAGGGCUUUCACGGCACCUGGUUAAGCAUGGCUACCGAGUCACAUUUGUCAACACAGAGCACACUCACAGCCGGGUCAUAAAUGGCUCACAAGAGAAGAGCUGCAUAGGGGAUGAAAAUGAGAUUCGUUUCCUGUCCAUCCCAGAUGGGCUGGAGCCCUGGGAGGAUAGAAAUGAUUUAAGCAAGGUAUAUGAUAAAAUUAUUCAGGUGAUGUCCGAGAAGCUGCAGGAGCUUGUAGAAAAGAUCAACAGAGAAGAAGAUGAAAAGAUCUUUUGUCUCAUUCUUGAUGGAUCUGCUGGGUUUACCAUCCCAGUUGCAGAGAAGAUGAAUAUUAAAAGGGUUGCCUUUUGGCCUGCAGCAGUUGCAUCUCUGGCCUUGUUUAACAAUAUUCCAAAGCUAAUCGAUGAUGGAAUCAUAAGAACUGAUGGUAAGGGAAGUCCGAUCAAGAAACAGAUUAUUCAGUUGGCGCAAAACAUGCCCGGAAUUGACUGUACAAAGCUUAUUUGGACUAGCAUGGGCGGCGAAGACUUGGCCAGCCAGAAGAGAAUCUUUGAGGUUCUAAAUAAUUGUGUCCAAGCUGGACAAGCAGCGGAUUACCUAAUCUGCAACUCAGCAUAUGACCUUGAACCUGGGGCUUUUGCCUUGGUUCCUAAUAUUCUUCCAAUAGGGCCUCUUCUAGCCAGCAACGGUCGAGGAAAUUCAGCAGGAUCCUUCUGGCCAGAGGACUCAACUUGCUUGGAAUGGCUUGAUCAACAGCAACCUAAAUCAGUCAUUUAUGUUGCAUUUGGUAGCUUCACAAUUCUAGACAAGACCCAAUUCCAGGAGCUGGCGCUGGGACUUGAACUCACCAACAGACCAUUCCUGUGGGUUGUGAGGCCAGACAUAACUGAUGAACCAAAUGAAGCCUACCCAGGAGGGUUUCAAGACAGGGUAGCCAGGCGCAACCGACUGGUGGGUUGGGCACCUCAACAGAAGGUUUUGAGUCAUCCUUCCACUGCCUGCUUCCUUAGCCAUUGUGGUUGGAAUUCCACCUUGGAAGGUGUAAGCAAUGGGGUUCCUUUCUUGUGUUGGCCAUACUUUGCUGAUCAGUUCAUUGAUGAGAGCUAUAUUUGUGACGUUUGGAAGGUGGGGUUGAAGUUCAACAAAAACGAAAACGGGAUUAUCACACGAGAAGAAAUCAAGAGCAAGGUGGAUCAGGUGCUGGGUGAUGAAAGUUUUAAAGCAAGAGUUGUUGAACUUCAGGAAUCUGCUUUGAAAAGUGUAAAAGAAGGAGGUCAAUCACACAGGAAUUUCAAGAAUUUCAUUGAAUGGAUCAAGGCCUAGACCCUUAGCAGGAGACUUGGGUCAUCCAAUCUGUUAGAUUUGUAUCAAUUUGGACUGUGAGAUCUACUUAUAAACCAUGAAUAAAUUGUUUUAUUUUAAGAGCUGUUUUGAGAGCUUCACUAAUAAAAGAAAGUUCUUGUGAUAUAAAGUUAUUUAGUUUUUUGUA